AAUAUGAUAAAACCGAUAUUGAAAUAAUAAUGGAUUUAUCAAAAACAAUGUAAUCACGAGAAAUCUUAAAUACAAUAAAUACACCUGACACCCAUUUUAUCAAUUUCAUUUGGUGCAAAAUAAACAAGGAUUAAAGUGUAUACGAUGUUCAGAUUGAAUCAUCACUGACUCAUCAUGUAUUUCAACAUUGGAACCGUUCUACUUUGGGCUGUUGCCUUCUAUAAUGCUGAAGCUUACUCUAUACCCUCCUGUGAUAGCCACAUAUACUGCCAAGGAAAACUUUUAGAUACCAUACAAAAAGCAAAGGUCUUCCAAGAUUCCAAGACAUUCGUCGACCAACGUAUGUUAUAUGACGAAUCAACAAUCUUUGACAACUUCCAAGAGCUUAUGAACACAACGGACAGCAAACCAAGUAAACAACAAAUCAAAACUUUCCUUCAGAGCAACUUCGCUGACGGAGAUGAACUUCAAAAUUGUACAUUACCAGACUAUGACGAGAACCCAUCGUUUUUAACAAGAAUAAACAAUGAAACCUUGAGAGACUUCGCCAGUCAAAUCGUCAAGAUUUGGCCAACUUUAGCCAGACAAAUAAAACCUGAAAUAAUCGAAGACAGCUCAAAAUAUUCCAUACUGCCUGUGCCAAAUACCUUCGUGGUACCUGGAGGAAGAUUCAAGGAAUCUUAUUACUGGGAUAGCUUCUGGAUUAUUGAAGGUCUCUUAAUAUCUGGAAUGUCUCAAACGGCACAGAGUAUGAUCGAGAACUUCCUGCAUAUUGUAGAUGAAUAUGGAUUCAUUCCAAAUGGUCUCAGGGUUUACUACCUCAAUAGAGCUCAUCCACCUUUGCUCACUCCCAUGGUAACGAUGUUGAUGAACUCUACCAACGAUUUGGACUGGCUUCAAAAGAACAUACAUCUUUUGGAUAAAGAACUGGAGUUCUACUUGAGUAAUAGAUCUGUCGAAGUGAACUACAAGGAGAAGACAUACACCAUGUUUCACUACGAUAGUGAAAGUGGUUCUCCUCGACCUGAAUCUUAUAUUGAAGAUGUAGAGACUUGUGGAGUCUUGAGUGAUGAAAACCAAAUCGAAGAAUGUUACAAAGACUUGAAGAGUGGUGCAGAAAGUGGAUGGGACUUUUCUUACAGAUGGGUAUUUGAUCAGGAAGGCGGUAACAACGCUAAUCGAACUUACACGAAAGUAAGGAGAGUCAUACCGGUAGAUUUCAACUCAAUGUUAGCUAAGGCAAUGAGAGAACUGAGAGAUCUUCAUUCAAGAAUCGGAGAUAACGAAAAAUCCUUGUACUGGAAUCAAAAAUACGUAGACCUGGAAGAAGCAAUCUACGACGUACUGUUCUGGAAAGGGGUUUGGUUCGAUUUUGAUAUGAAACUUGGCAAACAUAGAGAAUACUUUUAUCCAUCUAACCUAGCACCGUUAUGGGCCGAAGUGUAUGGACCAGAGUCAGCUCAAGAGCUUGGAAAGAAUGCGUAUUCCUACCUCAUAUCUUCAGGUAUCACUUCUUAUUAUGGUGGGAUUCCCAACUCUUUGAAUAACACAGGAGAACAAUGGGACUUUCCAAUGGCAUGGGCACCUCUUCAAUCAAUAGCUAUUCAAGGUCUAAGAAGGAGUGGAAAUAAUGAUGCCCAAAAAUUGGCCAAGGAUUUGGCGGAAAGAUGGCUCUCAUCAACACUGACGGCUUUUAAGAGAACUGGAGAAAUGUAUGAGAAAUAUGACGCAGUUCACCCAGGACAGGCAGGAGGCGGUGGAGAGUAUACCGUACAGACAGGAUUUGGUUGGACAAAUGGGGUAGAUUUGGAGUUUAUUGUAGAUUUUUUCAGUUCGUAACUUUGUGAUAUUUUAGCUUGAAGUUCAAGAUGUAAAUAUGUAUAUUUAUAUACCAUUAAUUCCAUAUAAUCACAUGUAUAUAAUUAGAAUUAAAUUCGUUGAAAAGCA